AUAAAUGUCAAACACAAAGGAGGACUAAAGCUACAGCUGCAAAUGGGAACAGAAGAAGUGAAGGCUGUAGAAGAAGACGGAAUAGAAAAUACAGUUUUCGAAGUAAAGGCAAUAAUAGAAAUAAUGGAAUUAAGGGGAUAUGUAGAAGGGAGUCUAUUUGUAAAACUCUAUGAACUUUGA